AUGUUCAACCUGAAAACUAUUCUCAUCUCAACACUUGCAUCGAUCGCUGUUGCCGACCAAACCUUCGGUGUCCUUCUAAUCCGGAGUGGAUCCCCAUAUCACUAUUCGACUCUCACUAAUAGAGACGAAAAGAUUGUUGCUGGAGGUGGCAACAAAAAAGUGACCCUCACAGAUGAGGGAGCUCUGAAGUAUGAUGGUGGUAAAUGGAUAGGUCUUGAUGAUGAUGGCUAUGCGGUACAGACCGACAAACCAGUUACAGGUUGGAGCACUAACGGUGGAUACCUCUAUUUUGACCAAGGCUUAAUUGUUUGCACGGAGGACUAUAUCGGAUAUGUGAAGAAACAUGGUGAAUGCAAAGGUGACAGCUAUGGUAUGGCUUGGAAGGUACUCCCAGCCGACGAUGACAAGGAUGAUGACAAGGAUGAUGAUAAAGAUGAUGACAAGGAUUAUGACGAUGACAAUGACCACGGUGAUGGUGAUUACUAUUGCUCGAUCACAGGAACCUAUGCCAUCAAAUCCAAAGGCAGUAAGCAUCAAUACGAGGCCAUCAAAAAAGUUGAUGCACAUCCUCAUGUCUUCUCUGUAGGAGGAGAUCAGGGAAACGAUCUGAUUGUGACUUUCCAAAAGGAUUGUUCGCUGGUAGAUCAAGAUAACAGAGGCGUAUAUGUUGACCCUAAUUCUGGAGAAGUCGGAAACGUUGACCCUUGGGGAGAACUCACGCCAUCUGUUAAAUGGGAUAUUGACGACGGAUACCUGAUCUUUAAUGGUGAGUCCAAUUUCAGGUCAUGUCCAUCUGGUAAUGGAUAUUCAUUGUCUAUCAAGGAUUGUGUUGGGGGAACUGACAUUGGCCUUAAAGUAUGGGAGAAAUAA